UUCUGCUACAGAGUAGGACCCAGAAAGAAUAACGACGUAGAAACCUAUAUAACUAUAUUCUACGCCGGAGGAGGAGGGCCCGUCUACAGUUGCCAGGUCAUCGCUCUCCCAUCCAUCGCUGCAGUGUUUUGAAGGCACCUAUACCUCCAGGUCAAGGCCCCAUUGUCGUACGCCGAGCACGCUGUCAGCUCGUACAAGCAACCAUGCUAAGGUGCUUACUCGAUUCAUUGAGCGCUGCGGGCACAUGCGCCGGAGAGUUUUCAGUCAUCAAUUGCUUCAGGAGACUUUGGGAUGACGGGCUCAAGUUGUGGUACCGGCUCUGUAACCGGGUUAAGGAGCCAAUUCCUUCCGGAUUACAACGUUACUCGUCAUUACUCUCUACCCGGGAGACCGAGCAAUAUCCACAUAAACCUGUGGCAGAGGUUGCAGUGAUCUCUGGACUCCGUCGACACUCUAAAAAGCUGCUUUCCAUUCGUUCUCGGCAUAGCUUCCCGUCUAGCCACUGGUUCCAUUUCUUGCAAAGUGAAUGCGGAGGCAGAUUCGAAGUUUAGCCGAUGUAGCACGGCUCCUGCCGCUGCAUUUCCCUUUCCUGGGACCGGGUUAUGACAUAUGCUGGUGUCCUACUAGUCC